UUAAAGUUCCGCGAUUUAUUGUGAAAUAAUUUUAAAGUUUGUCCACAAUGCCGAUCAGCAGCCCCGUGGUAUUCGGAAGAAACGAGAAGUGGCGCAUUAACCGCAACAUCUUAGUGCUGGGGUUUGCGUUCAUGGUGCAAUUCACGGCGUUCCACGGAGCCGCCAAUCUACAGAGCUCCGUCAACAGCGAUGCCGGCGCGGGCACAUUCACUCUCGCCGCUAUAUACUUCUCACUGAUACUCUCUAACAUCUUUCUCCCUGCUAUUGUUAUCAAAUGGCUGGGGUGCAAGUGGACAGUGGCGCUAUCAUUUAUAGCGUAUAUGCCGUUCAUAGCGGCACAGUUCUAUCCCAAGCUCUAUACGUUGGUGCCCGCAGGUCUCAUGGUCGGCUUUGGCGGGGGACCGCUCUGGUGUGCCAAGUGUACAUACCUCGCUGUGGUGGCGGAACCAUAUGCAAAGCUUUCAGGAGUUUCAGCGGAUGUUCUCGUGGUUAGAUUUUUCGGCCUCUUUUUCAUGUUCUAUCAAAUGGCACAGAUCUGGGGAAAUCUUGUUUCCUCAGCAAUUUUAUCGUCAUCUCUGGGCGAGACGGUUACCUACUUCAAUGAGACGCUCGUGACAAGUACGUCAGAUCUGGUCAGCAAUGUGUCAUUACCGACAGUGGACUUCGGGGCCACGUGUGGUGUCAAUUUUUGUAGCGGUUCUACUGGACAUGAGAACACAAACUUAGAACCGCCAUCGCCUCUGAAAAUUCAAGUGAUCGCGGCGGUGUACCUAGCCUGUAUGGUCUCUGCUGUUAUUCUGGUGUUCGUCGGCGUUGACUCAUUGAAAAGGUACAGCGGCGAUCGUGUAGGAGUGAGUCAGGGUAAGUCGGGACUAGUGUUGCUGGCGGUGACUCUGCGACAACUUCGCCACCGCUACCAGCUGCUCCUUCUGCCAGUUAUCGGGUACAUCGGUGCAGAGCAGGCCUUUAUGGCGGCGGACUUCACACAGGCGUUUGUUGGGUGUGCAUACGGAAUAAGUAACAUCGGAUUCGUGAUGAUCUGCUUCGGCGUGUUCAACGCACUGGCUGCCCCGCUCGCAGGAGCUAUUGUCAAGAUCACCGGCAGAUACCCUGUCAUGCUCACCGCCUUGGUUUUAAACCUUUGCCUGAUAAGCGCGCUGCUGCUGUGGCGGCCCAGCCCCGACCAGUGGCUAGUGUUCUUUGUACUCGCCGCUAUCUGGGGGGCGGCAGACGCGGUGUGGCUCGUGCAAGUUAAUGCUCUAUCCGGGAUUCUGUUUCCUGGCGAUGAAGAAGCCGCCUUCUCUAACUUCAGGCUGUGGGAGUCUACUGGGAGCGUGCUGUCGUAUGCUUCCGCGCCUUACCUCUGCGUUAGGACGAGGUUGUUUAUCCUGCUAGGUCUACUUAUACUGGGCUUCUCUGGCUACACGGUUAUAGAAGUCAUGGAGUACAAAGUAAAGAAAACGCAUCACCGCGAAAGAAAUUUCGAACUUGUUGCUGAAAAGAACGACCGAGAGUAAAGUACCUACUACUAUUGUUAUUUAAGAAAUACGAGCAAAUGUUUGUUAUUUUAACGAAAUAUACGUAAAGCUGCAAGUCAGAGCUUUCAAUAUUAGUUUUCUACUACCAACGUAGUAAAAAAUUGCUUGUUAAAAUGAUUCAAGCAAAAUCUAUGAAAAUAUAAUGAGCUAUAUUUUUUGAUCAGGCGCUAAAAAGUGCGUGGAUUGUUAAGCAAUAAAUUAGUAUAAUUAACCAAAGAAAUUAUCUGUCGUAAAUUAGUUUGUUAUUAUUUAAUCCGUUGCAUAAGAAACGAAGACAAAUAGAAUAUUGGCGUCAUACCUACGCUUUUUAGAGCCUGAUCAUAGCAACAUUAGGACAUUAGGGGUGUGCGAUUAAUUCGAACUUACGAAUUAUUUCGUUCCAAUAUCAGCAAAACGAAUAAUUCGAUUCAAUUCAAACGAUAUUCGUA